AUGGAAAAAACCCAAACUUAGCUUAAUGGCUCUCUACUAUCUGGUAUUCAAAGAAAAGCUACCUCAUUGUCAAAGAGAUCAAUCUUAGUUGGUACACUUGCAACCCUCGCAUGCACUUCUGCCAUUUACAUGGUACUAUCAGGUAAUGUCUAACAAUAAGAAAGCGCCAAAGAUACAAUGAUGUCAUUAAGUACUGCAAAAAGUUUCCUUUCUCUAGAUGAGGUCAAUAAAUCUUGGAGACUUUUAUCUCUUCCAUCAAGUAUCAAGCCUGAAAAUUCUAUUGAUAAUGUUUAAUUAUCUCCAAAUGGCAAUUUAUAUGUAACAGCCUAUGCUGGCUCGAAUGAAGAUGGCUCAGACUCAGGAUCAUAUGUAGUUUACCAUUACAAUCUCACCUCAUAAAUUUGGGGGCAGGUUGAAUCAUCAUUUAGCCUCUAAGGUGUAGAUUUUACCAACUUACCAGGCUCAGAUGAAUAUAAUAUGCUCUUGUAUGAUUCAAACAAUGCCAUUCAUCAAGUUAGUCAAAGAGAUUUCACAAAAGUGGAAAGAGUUUCCCAAUUAGAAAUAACUCCUUCUGGAACUUAUCAUAUUUUGAGAGAAGAAGGUCUUUCAGAUAGUGAAGAAUCCCUCGAUCAACUAUAGAAUUAUCUUGACACUAACAAUAUUGCUUAUGUUUUGUAUGAAUCAGAAGAAGUCUACUAGUUUGAAUUAAGAGAUGAGAAUGCUUUGAUUUUAAAUCAAGAUCAGAAAUUAUAAGGCUUUGGUGACUAGUGCCUUAAUGAUGUCACAGUAGGAAAAGAUGGAAGUCUUUGGGGUCUGGCAUGCGAUGAUAAUUCUGAAUUCAAUAGUCUCAGUUAAGUAAUCUAGUGGGUAGACAAGAAUGAAGAAUGGGUUGCUUUGAAAGGAGUCCAAGGAUCUUCAAUUGCUGCAUUAGACAGUGAAAAAUUAAUUAUCCUAUAGAAUGAUAACAAGAUUUGGAUAAAUUUUGCCUGA